AUGGAGAAAGUCAAGCAAGUUGUUGACAAGGUCGUGCACCCAAAGGAACACCACUCCACUACGAGCGACUCCCACGUAACGGGAACACACUACAACACAACUUCAGGAGUGACUGGCACGCAUGGCACCGCAGGGCCUCAUGACAGCAACCUAAUGAACAAGGCCGACCCGCGGGUCGACUCCGACAUGGACGGCUCUCGCAACAUGGGAGCUGCUUCGUACGGACCCGGUGGCCGAACAACAGGCACUGGUCUCGCUGGUUCCAAUGACACUGCUGGUCCCCACAGUAGCAACUUGGCCAACAAAAUGGAUCCUCGUGUCGAUUCAGACAUGGACGGCAGCCGCAACAUGGGUGCUUCUCAGUACGGCUCGGGCGCGCAUCAGACCACCACCGGUUCAACCAAUGCCGGCCCUCACAAUUCGAACCUGAUGAACAAGCUGGAUCCUCGCGUCGAUUCAGACAUGGACGGUAGCCGCAACAUGGGUGCUUCUCAGUACGGCUCGGGCGCACAUCAGACCACCACCGGUUCAACCAAUGCUGGCCCUUACAACUCGAAUUUGAUGAACAAGAUGGACCCUCGCGUCGAUUCUGACAUGGACGGUAGCCGCAACAUGGGCGCCGCUCAGUAUGGCUCCGGAUCGUACCAGACCAACACCGGUUCAACCAACGCCGGCCCUCACAACUCGAACUUGAUGAACAAGAUGGACCCACGCGUCGAUUCUGACAUGGACGGUAGCCGCAACAUGGGUGCUGCUGAAUAUGGAUCCGGCGCACACCACACAACAGGUUCAACCAACCACGGUCCACACAACUCGAAUCUGAUGAAUAAGUUAGACCCUCGCGUUGAUUCCGACCGUGAUGGAAGCAGCACGCUUGGUGGUCAACAACGCUACUAA